UACGUUGGAUCUGAGGUUACAGCUGCGGUUUUUGCUUACGCGCUGCAUGAGUAAAGUUGAAGACCUGAUUAUUUUAUUCGAAAACUAAGCUUAUUUUAUAGAGGGCAUACACCUUCUAACUUAAAAAAAAAACUCCAUCUACGAAAGACAAUCUAUUUGUAAAAACAUAUACGCAGCGCAGCGUUGACUGCGUUUCUUUUGCGGUUCAAUGACGCACUCGAAUGAUCCCAACCACGCAAAGAAGAUGGCGGAGCCCACAGUUCGGAUCUCCGGGAUAGUUUUGACUUCUUUAAUGUUUCAGCACGUCAACGAAGACUCGGACGUGGAAGGUUUGAUCCUGGGCGAGAACCACGUCGAAGAGUACGUGACUAUCAGCGACAACCGAGAGGACCACGUCCACCUCCGACAAACUUCGAGCAUCCACAAACACGUCUGUUGCCACAAACUCCACACCUGGUAUGACGCAGCAGGAAGGGUGGACAUGGAGGCGAUCCGCAGGCUCCUGGGGGCCAACCAUCCUGAACGUGUGAUUGGCUGGUACCGCCAACGCAGGAACUCGGAGCAGCGAAUGACGAUGCGCGAGAAGGCGGUGCACGAGAACCUGAAGGCGGCGCUGCGCAUGCCACACGCCAUCUUCCUGCUGGUGACGCCCGCCGCUCUGACAGAGGCCGGCUCUACCCACCGCACCGAAUACGCCGCCUUCCUCUCCGGCGACAGGCAGGUCGCCGUGGUUGUCACCAACAUGGCGUCGCUGGACCAUCAGGCCUAUUGGACGGCCUCCCCACCGUACUCGGCGCCAGGCUACCGGCGUGCUAUUGGCCGGCACAGUUCCAAGUUGUUGGACUCCAGCGGUCAGUUGGCAUACAUGGACGCCGUCAACACCAUGAACAAGUCGCUGCAGGACGAGCUUCAGAGGGCAUGUGGUGCCGUGAUGGACAGCGAGCAUGCCGUGCAGAAGACGCUUGCCGAUGUUUGCGCACUCAGGAAGAAGCUCAGCAACAGCAAGUCGGCAAUAACCAGCAAAGAGGGCGAGCCGAUCGUGAAAAGGAAUGCCCGCCUCCAGCUGGCCAUCCACGCGCUCUUGGCCCGCUCGCCGCUCUUCGGCUCCUGCACGUUAACAUUGGAUGCCUUCCCCGUGCCGGAUGCCGCGUGUGCCGAGAUGAAGCUCCGCCCUCUGCGACCAAUCGCGGCUGGGAAAAGGACAGCCGGCACGCUGCUGGCCAGCAGGAGGAAGCGGUGCAAGGGUGAUGCCACAAAAUGAUGACGUGCCAGCAAGAAAGAUGGCAGUUUUGGACUUUAUUUACAUUUAUUGGCCAGUGAUGGACAAAAGGAGGUGGGGUUAAUCCACAUGUUUGAUGCUACAGAUGUUGGGGUCUCGCAUCAAGUCGGGAUGUUUGUGUGUCACCGACAUGAAACCUAAACACACACACACACACUAAUUAGAAACCAAAUUGCUUUGUUUGGUCCCCUGGUGGUAUCUUGAUGCCAAGCAACUAUGUUGAAGUGACCUUUGUGUUAUAUUUAGGCGCCAUCUUGUGGCAUCUACACUAGUGCCUUAAGAUAAAACUUGAAUUCCAUCGGCGACUUUCCAGAAAAGAACACGGUGAAAGGGUUUUUAAUGAGGAAAAUAGCGCUUUAUAAAAAAAAAAAAUUGCCAUAUAUUUUGCAUCGAUUCGAUGACGAUUGUGCGCCUUUGGAGUCUGGGGGCUGUCAAGUACUCUGCAAUAAAAUUAGUUGUUAUUCGAAGAGGAUAAAGAAUGAGCUUGUGAGUUGUGUCUGUCUACGUGCAUCGCACCACUGCUUGAGUUGGCGGCCAUGCAUUGUAAGAUGUG